AUGCAAUAUCUUUUCUUUAAAAACAGGUUUUUGAAGAUGCCAAUUGAAGAGAAAAGAAAAUUGUAUGCAUGUCGGAAUGACUAUGUUACCCUGGAUCAAGUACCCACCUGGACGGAAUAUAAAAACAAACAUAUAUCCAGAAUAGAAAGAAUAGUCAAGAAAGAAAAACCUCUAUUUUGUGUGAAUGAAACUCUGAAUGAGAAAGUGUCCAUAUGGAGAGGUGACAUAACCACUUUAGAGAUAGAUGCCAUUGGUAAUGCAGCUAAUUCAAGUUUAAUGGGAGGUGGUGGAGUUGAUGGAUGUAUUCACAGAUCUGCAGGACCUACUUUAAAAAAAGAGUGUGCAACUUUUAAUGGAUGCAAAACUGGAGAUGCAAAAAUAACAUCAGGAUAUAAGUUGCCCGCUAAAUAUGUUAUACAUACUGUUGGUCCUAUGGGUGAGGACGAAAAUAAACUGGAAAGUUGUUAUAAAACAAGUUUAAACAUUUUGAAAAAACACUCAUUAAGAACUCUUGCAAUGCCUUGUGUAUCUACAGGAAUUUAUGGUUAUCCAAAUGAUAAAGCAGGGUCAGUAGUUUUAGCCACUGUUAGGAAUUGGUUAGAUGUCCAUGGUGAUUCGGUUGAUAGAAUAAUAUUCUGUCUGUUUCUACAAGAGGAUGUUCGCAUAUACGAGUCACUGCUGCCAUUGCAUUUCCCAAGUAAUGAUGAUUCAUGGUUUAUGACAGAAGAACAUGAUCACUUACCAGGGACUAAAGAGGACAAAUCUCCAAAGACCAAAAUACCCAAGAGAAAUGAAGAUGAAAGCAAUAUGGUUACUGAAGAAGGAGCUCUUAGUGGUGGUAGUAAAGACAAACAAGAAGGAACACUACUAGAUGAAAGUUCAUUAGAUGUAAAACAUGAGGAUGUCUCGCUGUUGGCAGGUGGUGAUUUGAAGACCGAUAAGACAGAUAUACAGAAAGAAGGUACUGCUACAAAAGUGAUAGUUGAAAUGGAAAAUAAAGCAAAAGUUUCUGAGCAAAAUACAGAGACUGAAGAUGCUCAUUUAUCCCCUAGUAAAACUAACUGAUAAUAAUGUGUUUUGAAAAUAACAAUGAGGUGUAAGGAUGCAACCAUGAUAAUGUCAUUUUUAUUGUAUUACCUAUAGAAACGGAUUAUUGAUAUCUAUCGGUGCUACUCUUCCAAUUGCUGUUUUCUAUUGUUAUUGGAUACUUAUUGUCUACAUGUCAUCUGUUUCAUUUGACUUCUUGUGACCAGUUGCUUUAAUUGAUAUCUGUUUGAACAAUGUAAACUCCUGAUCUGCUCAAGUGUCAAACAUUAAUUAUACAAAUACCAAUACUAUAACAAA